ACUGGGACGGUUUAAAAAAUGCGCCAUUUUUGGUCAUCCAAGGGCGCUGGCGGAACUGUUUUGAAGCUUAUCUUUUGCUUUCUAACUGUCUUUUAUUUGACUUUUGCGUUUGAAAAAAGUUUCCGUUCACAAGAAGAAGACAGAAAACAGAGUAUAGCUAAACCUCUUCUGUCAUUGCUGUGGGCCUCAGAGUUUGAGUCACAAACAGGUUUUGGCUCAGAAGCGUGGAGUUUUGUACAGGGUUUAUUAUCUUAUCCAGUAAAACUUCGUCUGUGGCAUAUAGGUACAGAACCGUGGGACAAGAAAGCCAAGGUCUUGAGUGAUGAAAGAUCGAACCUGCUCCAGAGUUUAUGGUGUGGCAAGGCUUGUUCUUCCAAAAAAGUGUCGUCUGAAGAGAAAGUAGACUUUCUAGUGCUUCAUUCAGUUCCACCCGAUUGGGUUUCUCCCUUGGAAAAGUGUGGUUUAUGCAAAGCGGCAAAAUUCAAAGUUGGUAGAGCCAUGUUCGAAACCACCGGAGUUCCUGAAAAAUGGGUCAAGUUGCUGAAUGAUACUGUUGACGAAAUCUGGGUUCCUUCGCAGUUCCAUAAGAAAACGUUUUCCAGUAAUGGCGUUGUGAAGAGGAAGAUAAGAGUUAUUCCUCAACCAAUUGAUCAGGAAAGCUUUGGGAAGUUGCCUAUUCCACAGAGAGUAUCUCUUCUCGGUGAUUGUGCGAAUCGCUUUGUCUUUCUGUCUAUCUUCAAAUGGGAGGUUCGUAAGGGUGUGGAUAUAUUACUGAAAGCAUAUAUGCAAGAGUUUUCGGAGCGAGAUGAUGUGUGUUUGAUUCUGUUGACUCGAGGCAAAGGUUUAUCAGCUAAUGAAAUCAAACAGCGUGUCACCAAAUUUUUAAAGAAGAAUAAUAUUGUCGCUUCGAAUCUUCCUCGACUUGAAGUUCUUGAGUCGAGCAAAAAGGACAUGUUGAAUUUGGCUACUUUGUAUGUCUCAGUUGACGCAUUCGUCCUUCCAACGAGAGGCGAAGGUUGGGGACGUCCUAUAAUGGAAGCAAUGGCCUGUGGAACGCCUGUGAUUGCAACCAAUUGGAGUGGUCAAACAGAAUAUCUCAAUGCGAAGACUGGCUUUCCUAUUCCAGUUGAAGAAAUUGUGACCUACUCAGAAGGUCCGGGUUUUGCAGAGUUAUAUAAGGAUGAAUUGGAAAUUUCUGCAGCUUCAUUUCGAAACCAACUUUGGGCCAAGCCCUCUGAACAGCAAUUUCGCAGUUUAAUGCGUUGGGUAUUUACAAACCCAUCAGCAGCAAAGAAAAUAGCAUUGCAAGCAAGGAAAGAGAUUUUAUCGAAGUUUUCUCCUCGAGCAGUUGCCAGUCUGGUUGUUCGAAGACUUGUGGAACUGAAAGAUGCUUCAAUGAAAGUAUCUUAAGUUGUGUAUGAAAGAAUGUAUUCACAUCAUAUCUUAUAUUGAGAGAAGAGAAGUUGAUAUGGACUUUCAUUUGAGAGUUGUUUCAUUUUGAUUUGGCAGCUUUUACAGACAUUUUUCGUAUAUUCUAUAAUGACCAAUGUUAUAUCGAAUACACUAUAUGGCGUUUUCAAAGUAUCUAAUUUUAGUCUGUGAAAUAGGCUUUCAUGGAUUUCAUUAAAAUUUAUUAUUACUGU